CUCUACAGCUAAAUCGAUCAUGUACUAAUCUUUAAUGGCUUCCUGGACUGCAAGGCAAAACAAGAAGUUCGAAGAGGCUUUGGCUUUAAAUGACCAGGAAACUCCUGAUCGCUGGCAUAACAUUGCCAAGUGUGUAGGUGGAAAAUCAGCGGAAGAAGUGAGGAGGCACUAUGAGCUCCUUGUUAAGGAUAUUAUGCAAAUUGAAAAUGGUCAAGUACCUUUACCAAAUUACAAAGCUGCUGAAAGCAAUAGCAGAGGUUAUGCCAAUGAACAUAGGCGUCUGAAGAACCUGAAGCUACAGUGAGAACAGACUUGCAGCCAGGCUAAAUAACAUCACAAAGUUCUCCAUUAAAUGCGAAAGCAUAUGUUGUCAAUCAAUGUAAAAGUUUUAGGGUAGGCAUGAUUUCUGUUGAAG